GGCCGGGCGGGCCGGCUGGCUGGGAAGAUGGCGGCGGGAGCCCUGGCCGCCGCCGCGGAGAGGGCCCGGGGCGUCCGGCGUGCGCCCAUCGGGGCCGGGGCCGGGCCAUGAGCGCGCCGCCCUCGCGUCCCGGAGCCGCGGAGCCCGCCCGCGCCCCUAGCCAUGGCGCGGCUCGCGGACUACUUCGUGCUGGUGGCGUUCGGGCCGCACCCGCGCGGGAGCGGGGAAGGCCAGGGCCAGAUCCUGCAGCGCUUCCCCGAGAAGGACUGGGAGGACAACCCCUUCCCCCAGGGCAUCGAGCUGUUCUGCCAGCCCAGCGGGUGGCAGCUGUGUCCUGAGAGGAACCCGCCGACCUUCUUCGUCGCCGUCCUCACCGACAUCAACUCGGAGCGGCACUACUGCGCCUGCCUGACCUUCUGGGAGCCGGCGGAGCCCGCGCAGGCGGCUGCGGGCGCCGAGGACGCCGCGGGGCGGGACGAGGAGGCGGACGAGGGAGGCUCCGGGCGCCUCUCACCCGCGGCGUCCGGCCCGCCGGGCCCGCUGUUCGCUCCCAAGACCCUGGUGCUGGUGUCGCGGCUGGACCACGCGGACGUGUUCAGGAACAGCCUGGGGCUCAUCUACACCAUCCACGUGGAGGGCCUCAACGUGGGCCUGGAGAGCGUGGUCGGGAACCUGCUCACCUGCGUUAUCCCCCUGGCGGGGGGCUCACAGAGAACCAUCUCUCUGGGGGCCGGUGACCGGCAGGUCAUCCAGACCCCGCUCACGGAGUCACUGCCCGUCAGCCGCUGCAGCGUGGCCCUGCUCUUCCGCCAGCUAGGCAUCAGCAACGUGCUGUCUCUGUUCUGCGCCGCCCUCACGGAGCACAAGGUGCUCUUCCUGUCCCGCAGCUACCAGCGCCUCGCCGACGCCUGCCGUGGCCUCCUGGCGCUGCUGUUCCCUCUCCGAUACAGCUUCACCUACGUGCCCAUCCUGCCGGCCCAGCUGCUGGAGGUCCUCAGCACGCCCACGCCCUUCAUCAUCGGCGUCAAUGCGGCCUUCCAGGCAGAGACCCAGGAGCUGCUGGAUGUGAUUGUGGCUGACCUGGACGGAGGGACAGUGACUGUUCCCGAGUGUGUGAGCGUCCCCCCGCUGCCAGAGCCGCUGCAGAGCCAGACACACAGUGUCCUGAGCAUGGUCCUGGACCCAGAGCUGGAGCUGGCCGACCUCGCCUUCCCGCCCCCCGCAGCGUCCCCCUCCUCCCUGAAGAUGCAGGACAAGGAGCUGCGUGCCGUCUUCCUGCGGCUCUUCGCUCAGCUCCUGCAGGGCUACCGCUGGUGUCUGCACAUGGUCCGCAUCCACCCAGAGCCCGUCAUCCGCUUUCACAAGGCAGCCUUCCUGGGCCAGCGCGGGCUGGUGGAGGACGACUUCCUGAUGAAGGUGCUGGAGGGCAUGGCCUUCGCCGGCUUCGUGUCGGAGCGCGGGGUCCCCUACCGCCCGACGGACCUGUUCGAUGAGCUGGUGGCCCACGAGGUGGCGCGGAUGCGGGCGGACGAGAGCCACCCCCAGCGAGUCCUGCGUCACGUCAAGGAGCUGGCGGAACAGCUCUACAAGAACGAGAACCCAUACCCCGCCGUGGCCAUGCACAAGGUGCAGAGGCCGGGCGAGGCCAGCCACCUGCGGCGGGCGCCCCGGCCCUUCCCCCGGCUGGACGAGGGUGUGGUGCAGUGGAUCGUGGACCAGGCCACGGCCAAGAUGCAGGGCGCACCCCCGGCUGUGAAGGCCGAGAGGAGGACCACCGUGCCCUCGGGCCCCCCCAUGACCGCCAUCCUGGAGCGGAGCAGUGGGCUCCACGGCAACAGUGCUCGCCGGCUGGAGGUGGUUCGGAACUGCAUCUCCUACGUGUUCGAGGGGAAGAUGCUCGAGGCCAAGAAGCUGCUCCCAGCUGUGCUGCGGGCCCUGAAGGGGCGCGCCGCCCGCCGCUGCCUGGUCCAGGAGCUGCACCUGCACGUGCAGCAGAACCGGGCCGUGCUGGACCACCAGCAGUUUGACUUCGUCGUCCGCAUGAUGAACUGCUGCCUGCAGGACUGCACCUCCCUGGACGAGCACGGCAUCGCCGCCGCACUGCUGCCCCUGGUCACAGCCUUCUGCCGGAAGCUGAGCCCGGGGGUGACGCAGUUCGCGUACAGCUGCGUGCAGGAGCACGUGGUGUGGAGCACCCCGCAGUUCUGGGAGUCCAUGUUCUACGGGGACGUGCAGGCCCACAUCCGGGCCCUCUACCUGGAGCCGGCCGAGGACUGGGGCCCCUCCCAGGUUGCGGAGGCACCGGCAGAGGACGAGCGCUCCGCCCUGGAUGUGGCGUCCGAGCAGAGGCGUCUGUGGCCGACGCUGAGCCGGGAAAAGCAGCAGGAGCUGGUGCAGAAAGAGGAGAGCACGGUGUUCAGCCAGGCCAUCCACUACGCCAACCGCAUGAGCUACCUGCUGCUGCCCUUGGACUCCAGCAAGAGCCGCCUGCUGCGCGAGCGCGCGGGGCUGGGUGACCCCGAGAGCGCCAGCAACAGCCUGGUCACCAGCAGCAUGGCAGGCAGCGUGGCAGAGAGCUACGACACCGAAAGCGGCUUUGAGGACGCAGAGACCUGUGACGUGGCCGGGGCUGUUGUCCGCUUCAUCAACCGCUUCGUGGACAAGGUCUGCACAGAGAGUGGGGUCACCAGCGAGCACCUCAAGGGGCUGCAUGUCAUGGUGCCAGACAUCGUCCAGAUGCACAUCGAGACCCUGGAGGCCGUGCACCGGGAGAGCAAGAGGCUGCCCCCCAUCCAGAAGCCGAAACUGCUGCGGCCACGCCUGCUGCCCGGCGAGGAGUGUAUGCUGGACGGCCUGCGCGUCUACCUGCUGCCCGACGGGCGCGAGGAGGGCUCGGGCGGCAGCGGGGGCGGCCCCGCGCUGCUGCCAGCAGAGGGGGCUGUCUUUCUCACCACCUACCGGGUCAUCUUCACGGGGAUGCCCACCGACCCCCUGGUGGGGGAGCAGGUGGUGGUCCGCUCCUUCCCGGUGGCUGCGCUGACCAAGGAGAAGCGCAUCAGCGUGCAGACCCCCGUGGACCAGCUCCUGCAGGACGGGCUGCAGCUGCGCUCCUGCACAUUCCAGCUGCUGCGGAUGGCCUUCGACGAGGAGGUGGGGUCCGACAGCGCCGAGCUCUUCCGCAAGCAGCUGCACCGGCUGCGGUUCCCGCCGGACAUCAGGGGCACCUUCGCCUUCACGCUGGGCUCUGCGCACACCCCCGGCCGGCCUCCGCGGGCUACCAAGGACAAGGCGCCCUCCCUCAGGACCCUGUCCCGGAACCUCGUGAAGAACGCCAAGAAGACCAUUGGGCGGCAGUACGUCACUCGGAAGAAGUACAACCCCCCCAGCUGGGAGCACCGGGGUCAGCCGCCCCCCGAGGACCAGGAGGAUGAGAUCUCAGUGUCGGAGGAGCUGGAGCCCAGCACGCUGACCCCGACUUCCGCCCUGAAGCCCUCUGACCGCAUGACCAUGAGCAGCCUGGUGGAGCGGGCGUGCUGCCGGGACUACCAGCGCCUGGGCCUGGGCACGCUGAGCAGCAGCCUGAGCCGCGCCAAGUCAGAGCCCUUCCGCGUCUCUCCGGUCAACCGCAUGUACGCCAUCUGCCGCAGCUACCCGGGGCUGCUGAUCGUGCCCCAGAGCGUCCAGGACAACGCCCUGCAGCGCGUCUCCCGCUGCUACCGCCAGAACCGCUUCCCCGUGGUCUGCUGGCGCAGCGGGCGCUCGAAGGCCGUGCUGCUGCGCUCGGGAGGCCUGCAUGGCAAGGGGGUCGUCGGCCUCUUCAAGGCCCAGAAUGCGCCUUCUCCAGGCCAGUCCCAGGCGGACUCCAGCAGCCUGGAGCAGGAGAAGUACCUGCAGGCCGUGGUCAGCUCCAUGCCCCGCUACGCCGACAUGUCGGGCCGCAACACCCUCAGCGGCUUCUCCUCGGCCCACCUGGGCGGCCACGUGCCCAGCCCCCGAGCCAGGGUCACCACGCUGUCCAACCCCAUGGCGGCCUCGGCCUCCAGACGGACCGCUCCCCGAGGUAAAUGGGGCAGUGUCCGUGCCAGCGGGCGCAGCGGUGGGCUCAGCGGUGACGUGGGCUCUCGGCUAGCAGGCAGGGACACGCUGGCACCCCCCCAGGCCAACGGGGCUCCCCCCGACCCAGGCUUUCUGCGGCCCCAGCGUGCAGCCCUCUACAUCAUCGGGGACAAGGCCCAGCUCAAGGGAGUGCGGCCGGACCCCCUGCAGCAGUGGGAGCUGGUGCCCAUCGAGGUGUUCGAGGUGCGGCAGGUGAAGACCAGCUUCAAGAAGCUGCUGAAGGCGUGUGUCCCAGGCUGUCCCGCCACCGAGCCCAGCCCGGCCUCCUUCCUGCGCUCGCUGGAGGACUCCGAGUGGCUGACCCAGAUACACAAGCUGCUGCAGGUGUCGGUGCUGGUGGUGGAGCUCCUGGACUCGGGCUCCUCCGUCCUGGUGAGCCUGGAGGAUGGCUGGGACAUCACCACCCAGGUGGUGUCCCUGGUGCAGCUGCUCUCAGACCCCUUCUACCGCACCCUGGAUGGCUUCCGCCUGCUGGUCGAGAAGGAGUGGCUGUCCUUCGGCCACCGCUUCAGCCACCGCGGGGCCCACACGCUGGCCGGGCAGAGCAGUGGCUUCACGCCCGUGUUCCUGCAGUUCCUGGACUGUGUGCACCAGGUCCAUCUGCAGUUCCCCAUGGAGUUCGAGUUCAGCCCCUUCUACCUCAAGUUUCUCGGCUACCACCACGUGUCCCGCCGCUUCCGGACCUUCCUGCUGGACUCGGAUUACGAGCGCAUCGAGCUGGGGCUGCUGUAUGAGGAGAAGGGGGAGCGCAGGGGCCCGCAGCCCUGCAGGUCCGUGUGGGAGUACGUGGACCGGCUGAGCAAGCGGACGCCGGCGUUCUACAACUACAUGUACGCACCUGAGGACUCGGAGGUCCUGCGGCCCUACAGCAACGUGUCCAACCUGAGGGUGUGGGACUUCUACACGGAGGAGGCGCUGUCCGAGGGCCCCCCCUACGACUGGGAGCUGGCCCAGGGGCCGCCAGAGCCCCUGGAGGAGGAGCGGCCGGACGGGGGCGCCCCCCAGAGCAGGCGCCGUGUGGUGUGGCCCUGCUACGACAGCCGCCCCCGCGCCCAGCCCGACGCCAUCUCCCGUCUGCUGGAGGAGCUGCAGCGGCUGGAGGUGGAGCUGGGCCGGCCCCCCGAGCGCUGGAAGGACACCUGGGACCGGGUGAAGGCCGCGCAGCGCCUGGAAGGCCGGCUGGACAGACGGGGCGCCCCCAGCUCCCUGCUGGUGUCCAGUGUGCCCCACCACCGCCGCUCGCUGGGUGUGUACCUGCAGGAGGGGCCCGUGGGCUCCACCCUGAGCCUCAGCCUGGACAGCGACCAGAGCAGUGGCUCGACCACGUCCGGCUCCCGCCAGGCCGCCCGCCGCAGCACCAGCACCCUGUACAGCCAGUUCCAGACCGCCGAGAGUGAGAACAGGUCCUACGAGGGCACCCUCUACAAGAAGGGGGCCUUCAUGAAACCCUGGAAGGCUCGCUGGUUCGUGCUGGACAAGACCAAGCACCAGCUGCGCUACUACGACCACCGCGUGGACACGGAGUACAAGGGCAUCAUCGACCUGGCGGAGGUGGAGGCCGUGGCGCCAGGCACGCCCACCAUGGGUGCCCCCAAGACCGUGGAUGAGAAGGCCUUCUUUGAUGUGAAGACGACGCGCCGUGUUUACAACUUCUGUGCCCAGGACGUGCUGUCGGCCCAGCAGUGGGUGGACCAGAUCCAGAGCUGCCUGUCGGACGCCUGAGCCUGGCCCUGCGCAGCCGCUCUGCGUCCCGUGACAGACCACUAGGGGUGGGCAGGGCCCCCCGGCCAUGUUUACAGCCCCCGCCCUCGACAGUAUUGUGGCCCCGUCCCCAAACUCAUGUGUACAGCCCCCGCCCGCCCGGCCAGCCCUCGCUCACGUCCGAGUCCUGGCUGAGCGCCGGCCGGGCGGCACCAUGGUACAGCCCUCUCCGCGGGCCUGUAAAUAGCCCAGCCCCAGCCGCGUGGUGGCCCUGGCCGGCCCGCAGCCAACCUGUUCCUACACCCAGAGUCUAUAAAGAGAACUAACUAUG